AUGGCUCGUGACGUCACAGUUUCCAAAUUCGCGCCAGAACUGCUGGAUCCGGGAUAUCUGAGUGGCACAGGUGCGGACGCGACUUUCACGCGUAUAAAACGAAGCCGGCGCCAUCGGGCACGACCAGUCCGCUACACGUCUGAGGUCCCGCGCGCGCAUCUAUUCUCUCUCGCGAAAACGAAAGUGCCGAUACGAACAUUCCGAGACUGUGCAUUGAUCUGUGAGUGUGUGACUGGAACAGUGGUCGCUGUGUUAUCCUGA